AGUUACCAACUUCGGUUCCGAUUAUAACAGACACUCACACGGUGUUCCACUCCUUCAUUUUCCCUCCAAAAUUUCCCACGCCCCCCCCCCCCCCCCCCACUAUUUUCCCUCCACCUCCAAAAACCCUAAUCUUUCACUCUCUCGCUCCCUCUCUUUCCCCAAUUGAUCGUCCUUCGCUUCUCACUUCCGCAUACUUCCUACCCCACUUUCGAUCGUUACCGUCAAUUUUAUUUUAUUUUAUUUUUCGUAUUUUUUCCUUCUGAAAUUUCGAUGCUUUUUUCUAGGGUUCUGGUGGAUUCUGAUCUGGUUUCCGAUAAGAGUUGAAAUGGGUUCCCUCUGGGACGGCGACGAUGAAAUCAAGCCGAUGGAGAAAAACUCACUCGUCGACUGCGCCGAUACCGAGCCCAUUGAUACUCAGAUUUCAAGCCCUCCAUUGUCCGAUGAGAAGGGCCAAUCGAAGGAUGCGGAUGAGUUAGUGCGAGACAUUGUGCCAUGUGAUGAUACUGUUCCAGUUGAAGAUGCAUUUGAAACCCAAAUGGUAGAUUUUAGUGAUGAAACCCAAUUAAUGGAUUUCGCAACUGAAACCCAAGUAAUGGAUUUUGGUGGCGAAACCCAAGUAUUGGAUUUGGGUGGUGAAACACAAGCGAUGGAUUUCGGUGGUGAAACACAAGCGACGGAUUUCGGUGGUGAGACACAAGCAGUGGAUUUCAGUGGUGAAACACAAGUAUUGGAUGAUAUCAACUGCUUUGCAAACAUGGAGGAUACUCAGUUAUUAGAGUUUGAUGAUGUAGUUGUCAGUGACAGUGAAGAGUCGGAUGCCACUGAAGUUUUGGAUGAUAGUAAGGAUCUAACUGACAAUGAAUCGGUACGGAGAGGUUCUGAUCAAUUAAUGAAUGGGGAGAAUAUUUGCCGCACUCCUUGCGAAAAUAGUGAAAAUGGGUUAACAGAGCAAGCCAAUCAUUUGGUCGACAAGCAACAUAAUGCAGGGCUCCAUGUUUCUGCUGCAACACCUGUGGAUGACGGCUCCCCGGAACUGGGACCAGGUUCUGUGCAUAUGCAAUUUACCUCAGUCCGUGCAGCAUCCUUACAGGCCUCCGGUCUAGCAGCUUGCAGUACAGCUUUGAAUGGUACCAACAGUGAGUCUCGUUCUGUUCCAAGUAAUAACCAAUCUUUGAAUCAACUUUCCGGGAAAGAUAAUGCAGUAUCUCUUUUAGGGGGUUCGACCAUAGAUGGGGGAAAAGUCAACGAGGAGCAUGAUUCAAGGAAUGAGAACAAAUGGAGGACUGGUAGUUCAACAGCAAGAAAACUUUUUACUGAGGAUUCAGAUGCUGAAAACACGGAAAUUUCUCAUAACAGCGCUAGUGAUGAAGAAGCUGAAGAUUUGCUUCAGUUUCCUAGUAAUUUUGCAGGGUUGAGCUAUAUUGACUCUCAAGAACCAGGUGAAUUAUCACAGGCUAAUGCACUUGAUUUUGUGGAUAAAUUCCUCCAAAAUAAUCUUGAUGAGUCUAAUAAAGAAGUUGGCCAUGGAAAGAGUGCAAGGGACAUUUCAAAAUUUGUCUCAAGUGCAAAAGGGCCACAAACUUUGGCCAAGAAAGCCAAUGAAAAAAGCAUAGAUAAAGGGAUUUUCGAUUGGGAUGAUAACCGUGAGGAUGAAGAAGGAGGUGAAUUUUUCCGCCGAAGAAAAGCAGACUUCUUCGACGGAGGUGAAUUUUUCCACCGAAGAAAAGCAGACUUCUUCGACGGCGGAAGCCAUGGGUGGAGAUCUCUUCCCCAACCCCAGAAGUCCAAAGAGAAAAGACAGGAUGUGGAGAAGGAUUGCAAAAAACAAUUACAAGGAAAGAACAAGAGAAUAGGUGUAGUUCAUUCUGAUUCAAAACUAUUGUUGCAUAAUUCAAAAGUCGACAAGAAGACAGCACAUGAAGAUGAAAUGAAACAUAUAAAGAAUCUUGUCAGUGAGUUUGACGAACAGUUUAACAAUGACUCCCCUAGAGAGCAGUUGGAUGCUAAUAUUAAUAAGAACGAUGCACCUGAAAUGAUGAAUGUAGGCUUUGAUACUCAAAUGGCAGCUGAAGCUAUGGAAGCCUUGUGUUAUGGUGAAGGGAUUUCCAAUUGUGAUGCUAGUGAUGACCAUCAAGAUGCUCAAGGAAAUCAGAGUUGUCCUGAAGGUUCGAUGGGAGAAAAAUCAAAGAAUAGAACUUGUUCAACGAAACUGUCUUCUCGAAAAAGAGGGCGUUUAACUGAUGCAGGGGUUUCCCGAGAAACUCGACAAGCAAAGAAAUCGAGGGUUGGUAGGAAGGAGUGUGAAACAAAGUUGGUGAUAGCAAAAUCAAAGAAGGGGAAGUCCAAUGCUAAAAAGCAUCUUAACAUCAUUGGGAACAGAAACAUGGAGAAAAUGCCUUCUGUUGCUAUUGGCCUAAGAGCAGAAGGAUCUAUAAAAAAGCAUUUACAACAGGAUGUUGGUACGUUUAAGCUGAUCGCACAUCGAACUAGACGGUCUAUGGUGGUAAAUCAGUUAAAGAAAGCUGACGAUGCAUCCAGUGAUUGUGGAGAAGAGUCGAGCUCUCAAUCAGAGGAUGUUGCAACUAGAGAAAAAAUAAUUAGUUUCACAGGUGUUCAGGUGUCUAAUGCGUUGAAUGCAAAAUCUUCAAAAUCAGGUCCCAAUCGAUCCGGAGAAGUUGGAAAUCAUAAACCAAGCCAACAUCAUGGUUCAGAUCUCAAGUUUGAAGCUAUUUGCAAUGGCAUCAAAUUGGAUGCUUUAAGCUUCCCCAAAGGAAAAAGAUCUAGGAGAAAGUUAUCUGAUCAGGUUUAUGGGCCUGAUAACUUGAAUGAUCCACCAACCCCAUCUGUUCACCCAGACAAAGUUGGACAACAUGUCACUAGGCACACAAGGUUGCAGGGUGCUGCUCAAAGCAUUUUUGUUGAUGUAAAGUCAACAAGAAGAACCCGAUCAGCUACACGUGGUGACAAGAAUUGUGCUAGAAAACUUGCACAUCACAGUUUAAAAACUGAUCCUUGGAAAGCUCCUCUUCGUUGUAAUUCUUCUCAUAAGGAUGGGAUAAUGAUAUCAGAGAUUACAACUGGUGGAGAGGCAGUUGGAAUUCUUGACAGGAUGAGUGAUGCAAAUCCGUCUUCUGCUACUAAAAUGAGGGAUGAAUCCCCGCUAGGGAAAUGCAAACCACUGGAUUCAGCUUGUGCUACUCCAGUUAACAGUAAGGUGCCUGUCAAUGAUGCAUCUCCAGUUUGUAUGGGUAAUGAAUAUUUCAAACAGUCAUGCAAGAAGACCCCUUCAAGGCCAAGUCUUUUGAAAGAAAUCCGUGACUUAAGUGCAAAUGGGCAUGCACCAACUUCAGCAUCAAAGGAUUUAAGGAAGAGGAGAGAUAUGACUGAUGUUCGAGUAUUGUAUAGCCACCACUUGGAUGACUAUGUAAUUAAGCAUCAGAAAAAGAUUUUGGCCCGACUAGGAGUUUCUGUAGCAUCCUCUAUGACAGAUGCCACACACUUCAUAGCAGAUCAAUUUGUGCGUACGAGGAAUAUGUUAGAAGCUAUUGCUGCUGGAAAACCUGUGGUGACGCAUUUAUGGCUUGAUAGCUGUGGACAAGCUAGUUGUUUCAUUGAUGAGAAAAACUAUGUACUAAGGGAUACCAAGAAGGAGAAGGAGUUUGGCUUUAACAUGCCGACUUCGUUGGUACGUGCGUGCCAGCAUCCACUUCUGGAGGGUCGUAAAGUCUUCAUCACCCCAAAUACGAAGCCUGGUAAAGAAAUCAUUUCUAGUCUGGUCAAAGCAGUCCAUGGCCAGGCUAUAGAAAGAAUUGGUAGAUCUGUUUUGGAGGCUGAUAAAAUUCCAGAUGAUCUGUUGGUUCUAUCUUGUGAAGAAGAUUAUGAAAUUUGUGUGCCUUUACUUGAAAAAGGAGCUACAGUUUACAGCUCAGAGUUGCUUUUGAAUGGGAUUGUUACUCAGAAGCUGGAGUUUGAAAGGCAUCGCCUCUUCACAGAUCAAGUUAAGAAAACCCGUUCGACCAUAUGGCUAAGGAAAGAUGGCAGUAAGUUCCUCCCUGUGACAAAAAAUAAAUAAGGUCAAUUAUAUUUGUUCAUCUUUUCAUUUUUCUUCAAAUAUCUUUCUUUCUUUAUACGGUUAGGCAUUUUCGUUGCAAUAAUGUGCAUUACUAAUUGAGUUUUCUUUUGUAUAUUUUCCCUGUAAAUAUCUCCAUGUUGUAUAUAACCGUGCUACUUGCAAAUAUGUGAGAAGAUUUCUUUGUUCUCCCUU